UUUUCAAUUUUGCAAGCAAAUCAUCAUCCGAUGAAGAUCUUUGGUUCGGCGUGGAAGAAGGCGUUCCUUGUGGCAUCGGUGUUGGCCGCGAUCGGCGUGAACAACCAUGCCGGUGCGAGUGUGGACAUUGCCGCUGCGGAUAUUGCGGGUAGCGGCAAAGUGGUCGACCAGCUGGAUGGCGCGCUUUUGAACGGCGACAAGUUCCAGUUCCAAGCGGAAGUGAGUCGCCUGAUGGACAUCAUCAUCAACUCGCUGUACAAGAGCAAGGAAAUCUUCCUCCGCGAACUCAUUUCAAAUGCGUCGGAUGCUUUGGACAAGCUUCGGUUCCUCGCGCUGUCCGACAGCAGCUUGCUGGACGUUCUCAAGGAGCUUGAGAUUCGCAUUUCGUUCGACAAGACCGCGCACACACUGACGAUCAAGGACACGGGUGUGGGCAUGACUAAAGACGACUUGGUCAAGAACUUGGGGACCGUGGCCAAGUCAGGCACGGCCAACUUUGUGUCUGCGAUGCAGAACGGCGCCGACGCCAACAUGAUCGGCCAGUUCGGGGUCGGGUUCUACUCUGUGUACCUCGUGGCCGACAAGGUGCGCGUGGUGUCCAAGAACAACGACGACGACCAGUACAUCUGGGAAUCGAGCGCGAACGCGAGCUUCACCGUGUCCAAGGAUCCCCGCGGAAACACGUUGAAGCGCGGGACCGAAAUCACGCUGUUCCUCAAGAAGGACGCGCUCGAAUUCCAGGACCAGGCCAAGCUCAAGCAACUGGUGUCCCAUUACAGCGAGUUUAUCAACUUUCCCAUUUACCUGCACACGUCGCGCGAAGAAACCGUCGAAGUCGACGACGAUGCGGGCGAUGAGGACGAAGAAGAAGGCGAAGAAGAAGAAGGUGAAGUUGCGACGUCGGGAGACGACGACGACGACGAAGAGCUGGAGGCUGUCGAGGAAGACAGUGCGGCCCCCGUGGAAAAAAAGACGGAGAAGAAGACCGUGUGGGAGUGGCAGCGCGUGAACGAGAUCAAGGCCAUCUGGACGCGGCCGCGGGAAGAGGUGGAAGAUGCCGAGUACAACCACUUCUUCCAGGCGAUCCACAAGGACAGCACGGACCCGCUCACGUGGAUCCACUUUGUGGCCGAGGGCGAGAUCGAGUUCAAGAGCAUCCUGUACAUCCCAUCCAAGGCGCCCCACGACAUGUAUCACAAGUUUGACCACAAGCGCGCCGACGUCAAGCUGUACGUGCGCAAGGUGCUCAUCUCGGACCAGUUUGAAGAGUUUUUGCCCAAGUACUUGAACUUCAUCGUGGGCGUCGUCGACUCGGACGACCUGCCCAUCAACGUGAGCCGCGAAACGCUCCAAGAGAACAAGAUUCUGCGGGUCAUGCGCAAGAAGCUCGUGCGCAAGGUGCUCGAGAUGCUGCGCAAGCUAAGCGAGAGCGACGACGGCCACGGCGACGACGACGACGACGACGAUGUCGUGGAGGUGGACGAGCAGGCCAAGGACAAGGCCAAGGCGGACAGCUCGUCGUACUUGACGUUCUGGGAGAACUACGGCAAGAACGUCAAGAUCGGCAUCAUGGACGACCCAGCGAACAAGGGCAAAUUGCUCAAGCUGCUUCGGUUCAAAUCCACCAAGUCGAGCGACAAGUAUAUCAGUUUGAACCAUUACGUGGCGCGGAUGCACCCGUGGCAGGACACGAUCUACUACAUCGCGGGCGAGAGCGUCGACGCCGUCGAGAAGAGUCCGUUCCUCGAGACAUGCAAAGCCAAGGGAGUGGAAGUGCUGUACCUGGUGGACCCCCUCGACGAGUACGUGAUGCAGCAUAUCCCCGACUUUGACGGCAAGAAGAUGCAGAGUAUCACCAAGGAAGGGCUCAAGUUUGGAGACGAAGACGAGAAACUGAUCGAACGCAAGCGCAAGCUGUACGCGGACCAGUACGACGGCGUCCUCUCGGGUCUGAAGAAGGUCUACGGGAACAAGGUGAGCAAAGUGACCAUCUCCAAGGCCACGGCCGUCGACUCGCCCGCCGUCAUGGUCACGUCUCAGUGGGGCCACUCGGCCAACAUGGAGCGAAUCAUCAAGGCGCAGACGUUCGCCAACCCGGCGGCGCAGAACCCCGCGGCCCAGAAGAUCAUGGAGCUGAACCCGCGCCACCCGAUUGUGGGCAAGCUCCGAGACCUGUUUGCGACCGCGCCGGACGCCACCGAGACGCACGAUCUGUCGUGGCUGCUGUACGACGCCGCACUGACCAACUCUGGGUUUGCCAUGGACGACGUCGACCACUUUGCAUCGCGGGUGUACCGUCUCAUGAAGACGACCAUGGGUCUCGACUCGCUCGACCUGGACCCAGAGAUCAACCUGCCCGCGGAAGAAGACGACGCUGUGGAAGAUGAAGACGUGGUGGAGCUAGCGACUGACGAACGUGUCGACGAGAAAGGUGCUGACCAACAACCCAAGGCUCAAGACAAAGAACUACCCAAGGGUGCAGAGAAAGUGGACGUGAAGGACGAGCUGUAGGAAGGGGUUUUGUAACCUUAAAUAAGUUACAUACGAGUAUAUUAAUAGUAGUAUACACUAGUAUUUGCCCAAA